AUGCUUCUUUCUUAUCGUAUUCUAUUGACUGGCGCCAAUUCUUCGGCUCUCUUCUUCCCACUCUCUCACUCACUCUCUAUCCCUUUCUCUCUCUCUCUCACUCUCUUUCACUCACUCACUCACUCUUUGUAUCUUCCUCACACAUUUUCAUUUUCUUUCAGUUUAUCAUUGCUAGCAUUCCAGUCUCUUCCUCGUUUAUUCUCACACAUUGAUACGCUCAUCUUUUGUUUUCGUUAUACUUAUUUUUAUCUAUUAAUUUCUUCUUUUUUUUUCUUCACUGUUUUCUCUUUUUCCUAUUUCUAUGUGCAUUUGGAUAAUUUGAAGUCUCUUCCAUCCACCAAGGAUUUUCUCUCAAUGUUGUUCACUUCUUACUUGGAUCUGCUCGAAGUUCAUGUAGUGUUUAUGCCCGUCUAUAUUGUUGUGGUCUAUCUGAAAAGCAUUCCAUUUUGUUUAAUUAUUUGUUCGUCUUUUUUUUUUUUAAUCUGUUAUAUUUUCCUUUUUUUUUUUCAAAUCUUUUUAUUUUUAUUUUCUUUAAUUUUUCCUUUCUUUCUUUUUUUUUGUUACUUUUAUAUUUUGGAGUUCUAUGUCGUCUUGCUUUUUAUUGAAUGUUUCUCUCUUCUCAAUUUCUUUCUUCGUCAUAUACUUGAUAUUCCUUUUGGUUUUCUAUUCCCAUCUUUCAUUCUCUAUUUAUUUCAUCUCUAUCUUUUUAUCCCUUCCUUCAAUCUUUUCUUUUCUACAGUAGCCCUUUGUUUUUCUCUUACCUUUUAUUCUGCUUUAUUUCCAUUCUAUUUUUCCCCGUUUUCUAAACACUCCAAUCAAAUUUUCUUUAUUUACCAUAUAUUGACUCGUUUCUGUUUCUCCUCCUUUUACCAACAAGAAUUUUUUCCCUUCUUUCAUCGUUGCAUCUUUUUUUUUUCUUCUCGCUAUUCCUUCUCUCACUCCUCCCAACCAAAUACUUCGUCCAUUUUCCUGCGAAAAAUAGCUCAAUUGAAACACAAGAAUCAAAACGGAUGGUUAUGUUUACGCGGAGGUCAUCUUGAUUAUGGCUCCAUUUCCACUUUCUGCCAGGCGCGUCUCUUUUUUUUUUUUCAUUUUGUUCUCUUUUCGCUCUCCGUCUUUCUGUGA